UACCAUAGAGAUGAUGGUUCGAGAGUCUCCAAGUAAAAGCAAUGUCGGGUUUCCGCUUCCGUCUAGCGGCCGCUUCCGUGUUUGGGCGUGAUGGAGUCGGUGCUGAGCGAGGUGGUGGCGUUGGAGGAUCUAAAAAGAUUCGAGAAGAAGUUCAAUUCUGAGCAAAGCGCAGGCAACAUCUCCAAAGGAACACAGUUCGAGUAUGCUUGGUGCCUGGUCCGCAGCAAAUACAAUGAGGACAUCAAAAGGGGCAUUGUACUUUUGGAAGAACUGUUGCUCAAGGGAAACAAAGAAGAACAACGGGACUACGUAUUCUACCUUGCGGUAGCCAAUUACCGGCUUAAGGAAUAUGAGAAGGCUCUGAAGUACAUCCGGGGCCUGUUGAAGACUGAGCCGAGCAACACACAAGCCUUGGAGAUGGAAAAACUGAUCAAGAAAGCCAUGCAGAAAGAUGGCUUGGUUGGCAUGGCGAUCGUCGGUGGCAUGGCGUUGGGGGCGGCCAGUCUGGCGGGCCUCAUCGGCUUGGCCAUUGCCAAAUCCAAAUCCUAAGACGGAUAGGGUAGGCCUCCCUUCUCUUCCUCUGGUGGAGCAGCCUGGCCUGGCAGCUGGAAGACUAACCCUUCAGAGAAACGGAGAGAAUGAUUCGAAGCACUUUGUUUUCUUCAGAUGUCACUAACCUGACUGUAAUUCCUGGAUUUUGGUCCUCUUUUCUCCUGCUGAUCAGCUGCCAUGCUCGCGAGGGCAAAGGGCGAUGUUAAUGCAGAAUUUGCCCAGAGAAUGAGGGUGCCCUGGGACUAUAAUCCAAUUUUCCUCUUGUGUUAAUCCAAUUUGAGGUCCUUUUCUGCUGUCUCUCCUCCACUGGUAAAGAAGAUGUACUAAGUCCUUCUCUCUCUCUCUCUGCCUUUCACUUGUCCCAAAAGUUUGGAAAUCUCUUCUGCUGAAGUACAGGGGCAAAAACCGAACCCACUUGGUGUCCAGGAUGUUGUUCUGCCUUUCACAUGAAGCUUUGACCAACCGCUGGAAACGAGACGGCCUUCUGGAAAAGGAAAAAGGAAAAAAAAAAAAAAAACCAGCAUGUUUUCCCAGGCAGAAUAUUUCCUUCACUCGCAAACUGAUUUUUCCCUCUGCUUCUGGACUUGCUCUUUACCUGUAUCACAGUGUGUGUAGUCAGGAUGGAUCCAUUGUCAACACUAGAUUUUAUUUUUUAAUUUUUCUUUUAAUGCUUAGCCGGGUAGGCUCCUGUGUUCUUUCAGUUUCUUAAAAAAAAAAUCAUUUUUGUGAAGGUAAAGGGGCUGGGUAACAUCAGCAAGAGGUCUGGCCUCUGAUGGUGGACCUCUAAAUGUGUAGAUUUGGUAGUGUGUGACCAGCCCAUUCCAAGCCACUCCAUCUCUUGCUGAACUACAGUACCCAAAAUUCUUCACUCAUGACCACGUCAUCUAGACCUGCUUAGAUCUGGAGCUCACGACUUAGCUAGUUUGAGUAAGUCAUCGGUUUAUAUCUGAGAUGGGGAAGCAUGGCGCCUUCAUGAUUUGUGGACUUCAACUGGCUCAGGAAUUCUGGGAGUUGAAGUCCACAAGUCAUACAAGGGCCACCCCUGGUUUAUAUGAUGGCAGAGAUAUUGUUGCACUAUCAUGGGUUAUUGAACAGUUGACACCAUUGGAAAACAUUGUUCCGCUUUUUUUUUUCCUCUUAUGAAUGAGGCAUUUGUAUUGUCCUCUAGCCUCUGGGUGGCAUGAAGGAAGAAUAAAAUUAAUUGGAAGAAUGA